AUGCGUUUCUCCAGCAUCAUCGUCGCGGCCUUUGCUGCCUUCGCCACCGCUGCGCCCACGGCCGUCGAGACCCGCAACAACGUUGACCUCAGCAAGCUCAACAACCUCCAGAGCUUCAAUAACCUGGACCUGAACUACCUCCUGGCCCUCAACAGCCUCAACCUCGGCCAGCUCGGUCAGCUUGGCCAGAUCAACAACCUCAACCUUGCCGCUUUCCAGGGACUCUUCGCUUCUCAGAACUUCGACCUCAACUCUCUGCUCCAGCUGCAGCAGCUGUCCACUCUUCUCGCCAUCCAGCAGCAGGGUAUCUUCAACAACAACGUGAACCUGGCACAGCUGAACCUCGGCAACCUGAACUUUGGCCUGAUCCAGAACAUUGGUGGCGUCAACCUCGGCCAGUUCAUCGACCAGAGCCUGGUUGGUCAAAUUACCCAGAUCGUCGACCAGUCUUCCAAUGCCAAGAACAACUGGUGCCUGGCCGGUGCCAACCAUGGAUGA